AUGACUUCACUGUCAGCUUGCUCCUGCUUCCUGUUUAUCUUCAUUCCCGCCUCCUCCUCUCUCCACUUGCAAGCUACUUCCUUGCAGCUCUCGUUGCGAGGAGGAGGGGCAGAACUUUCCCCGUUGCGAGGAGGAGGGGCAGAAUAUCCGCCCGAAGUCGCCGAGGCAUUCGAGGAGAUGAGAAGAAGGAUGGGGUACGAGGAGAUGGAACAGGAGCAGAAGGACCUCUUCGACAAACUGUUUGCACAGGCAUACACAGCACAGCAGGACAUGCAGACCAAGGACGUGAGGCCGAAGCUCGAGAAGGGAGUGGACAAGUUCAUGAAGAAAGCGGACAUGAUAUGUCAGAACCCCAACAUCACCAACUAUCUGAAUCAAAUGAUCUAUACUCUAGACCCCGACGAGAUGGACCCGGAGGACCGCGAAGAUUUCCUGGAAGAGAUGGGCGAGAUGCAUGUGAUCUACGCUGCACGACAGGGGUUCGCCGACAUGCUUGCGAAGCUGGUGAGGUAUGAGCCGGCGCUUGCCAACUCAUCUGUCCCCUCCUCGCAGAAACUUUCUGCGCUUCACUGGACGGCCAUCAAAUCAGCUUCGACCGUUGGAGAUCCUGGUGACAACAAGUAUGCAGGAUUCGGACGUUUGCAUGCUUCUCAUGCAGCGAGGCGCGAAUAUCAACCUUCCUGA